AGUUUAUCAUUGAAUAAUUGUAAUAAUGUUGUUGCGGAAGUUGUUUUAUCAUAAAUUCAAAAUAAGAUAAAUUGCAAUUGUCUCUCGAUUCAUAAUAAUUUCAACUAUUCUAAAGAACAUACCGAUUCUAUUACAACACUUGAUUUAAGAAAUGUCCACCUCAAGGAUUCUGUUGCUGGUUACAUCAAUGAUUUGUAUUAAAGACACUUCAGCAACAAAUUACUGUACUACUACUAGUACUUAUACUGACGAUUUUGUGGUUGUAGAGUGUUCUAAAGUUCAGUUUCCGCUAGAAACAACCGAACUUGUUGGUGGAACAUCAUUUUUCCGUAGAAUAUGGUUGAAAAUUAAAGAAUCUAAUUUAUCUGAGAUUGAAUCAAGCUCUUUCAUAACUAACUCAAUAAUAACCGAUUUGGAUUUGUCGCAGAAUAACAUAACGAACAUCAAACAAGAUGCUUUCGCUGGACUUUCAUCUCUACGGAAAUUAUUUUUAGCUAGGAAUGCCCUAAGUGAACUAAAACCAAAUGUUUUCGACUCUUUACAGCAGUUACGCACUUUGGACGUAUCGAUGAAUAAUAUAAAAAAAUUGGAUUUAAACUUUUUAACCGAUAUAAUACAUUUGUCUUAUCUUAAUUUAUCAAAAAAUUCUCUAGCAUAUUUUAAUGACGCUGUGUUAGGUCAGAAUCAUUACAUUCUAGAGCUUAAACUAAAUGAUAAUCAAAUUUCACAGUUGAUUUUAAAUAGAUCUUCUCAUAGAAUUGCUAAUUUAGAUGUAUCCAAAAACAGGUUAACUGUUGUAGAUAUUUGUAUACCUGGGUUAUUAUCACUAAAUAUUAGUUAUAAUAAUAUUGUAUACCUUCUAUCUGGUAAAUGUUUAAUUAAUAUGACAAUUAAUAACUUAGAUGCUAGUCACAAUUUUAUUGAUGACUUUUCUGUAAAAAAUAUUUCAAAGUUAUGGACCUUGAAGAUUCUAAGGAUUGGAUAUAAUGAUAUAUCGUUAAUUCCAAAUGGUUUAUUUGUUAAUAUGACAGAAUUAACAUAUUUAGAUCUAUCGAACAACAAGCUAUUAAAGUUGCAGUAUGGUAUAUUUGAUAAUUUGUUUAAUUUAAAGUAUCUAGAUCUAUCGUACAAUAAAUUGAAAUCACUUAAAAGAUAUUUUUAUUCAUUACAUCAACUUGAUACUUUGAAAAUUAACAACAAUGAAAUUGUUUAUACACAUUCGAAUCCUUUUAGCGAUUUACCAAAUUUAAGGAAUAUUUAUUUAAACAACAAUAAAUUUGACUGUAAACAAUUAUUAGAGGUACUGAAUGGAUUUAAACAAGUAAAUUUUGAUAGUAGCACUGUAAUGGGUAAGGAAAAUAUUCAUGGCAUAACAUGUCUGGAUUAUAAAUCAAAUUCUGAAAUAGAAGAUGACCUCACUGGUUAUUUUAAGAAAAUAAUUUCAUCUAAGUUUGAGAAACCUGAUGACGAUGAUGAUUUUAAGCGUACUAUGAUGUAUAAUUAUUUCAACAAAGACUUCUUGAAUAGUAAUUUUUAUAAAUAUCUAGAAAAUUUCAAAACGAACAAUGUUCAUAAAGACGAUACAUUAAAAUUUUUGAAAUCUGAAUUGGAUAACAGUAAGUUUUAUCAGUUUUUAGAAAGUUUACAAGUUAGUGAAAAUUCUACUAGAGAAUUUGGUAAAUAUAUAGAAGAAUAUUUAGAAAAAUUGAAAUUAGAUUUAGAAGAGAAAUUAACUCUACGUGAUAAUGAUAUUAAUGAACAAAUACAUGCUUUUUCGGAAACUAAUAACAAAACUAGUUACUACGGGAUGUUUUCGGCAAUCAUUUUGAUCAUAUUCAUGUUAUUGCUUAUAAAAAUUAUUCAGAUAUAUAUUGAAUACAUUAAAAACAAACAUGUUAGAAAAGAAGAGCUGCAGCUCCUUGAUCAAGUACAAACAGAAAACCGUUUAUAAUCAACUGCAAUAUCAUUGAUGCUGCUUAUGUUAGAAAAUAUUUUAGAGAAUUCAUUUCACCACAACUAUAUUUUUAGAAUUGUUUGUAUCUUCCGCUGAUAUUUUAGAAAUAAUCAAAAUGUAUAUAAUAAACUCUUAUUAAAUAAA